AUGGCGAAUAAGGGCGUCGCCUGCCUCGUGCUGGUCGCCAGCGCUGCCCUGCCGCUGCAGGCCCUGACGCUGCACGAGGCCGACGAGGCGCUGCUCCGGCGUGCCGGGCAGGGCGCCGCGGCGGGAGAGGCCGGCAGGCGCAGCGGUAUGGUAGACCUCCAGCACCUCGUUGACCAGCACGCCGCGUCCGAGGUCGAGCUUCACGCCCGUGCGGCCGAGACGUUCCGCAAGUUUGCCAGCAAGAUGGCCAAGAGCGGGUGCAACUACAAAGGGGGCCUUUUUGCCGUGUCCCAACGGCCACAUUUGCCACUACACGGGGCAGAACGGCGUGAGGUCCAACGCGACUGUGGAAUACCGUGGGAACAUUAUCCGGACGGUCUUGUCACCCGAUCCUGA